ACUUUUACCAAUGUUAAGAAAUGUCCAAUCAUAACACGAUAAUAGUGUUGUUUUUCAAUUUUGUAAUUAGAUUUCCUACAAUUCCUUAAUUGUUACUUACCUAAUAUUGGAAUUCACUCUUAUAUUUCAGAAUUAACGAAAAUCAUAUUCAUAAAUUACUAAUAGCAACUACUUAACGACAUAAGAGUACUAUUACAUCUAACAAACUAGUUGACUAUAUGAACGAAAACGAAAAAUAUUAUUUGGCAACAGCUGCUGCUAGAGUGUAGUAAUUCGGUUGCAGUUUUUGUAAUCAGUGAUUUAUUUAUAAGAAGUACAAGUUUCUUUGGUCUGAAGUACCCUUAUGGUUUUUUGGAUGAAGAUUCUUUCAAGAAUGCACACUCAAUAAACAUUAAUUGUACUAUGUCAUAAGGCUUAAAAAUGUGUUCAUCUCAUAUAAUAACAUUCUUCAGCCAGUGGAGAUUGUGGAUUAGGCCAUUUUUAAUUGCACUUUAUGCUAUAAUAGUUGUUGUGUUAGUGCCUAUCCUUGUAGCUCAUUCAAUAAAAAAUGGCUUUAGAAAGUCUGACCAGGGAGCCUUGAUCGCAGGAGGUUUUGUUCUUCUCGCAUUACCAAUAUCUAUAUGGCAGAUUAGUCAACAUAUUUUUCACUACACCAAGCCUUCAUUACAAAAGCACAUUAUAAGAAUAUUAUGGAUGGUGCCUAUCUAUGCUCUCAAUGCAUGGAUUGGUCUAGAGAUUCCAGAGCAAUCAAUUUAUAUGGAUUCUCUUAGAGAGUGCUAUGAGGCUUAUGUUAUAUACAACUUUAUGAAAUAUUUAUUGAAUUAUCUGAAUGAAGGACAGGACCUGGAAGCACUUUUGGAGACCAAGCCACAGGUGUAUCACAUAUUUCCCUUAUGUUGUUUAACACCUUGGGAGAUGGGAAGGGAAUUUGUACAUAACUGCAAACAUGGUAUACUCCAAUACACAGUAGUGAGACCUAUAACUACAGUUAUAUCAAUGAUAUGUGAGUUAAGUGGAGUAUACGGGGAGAGUGACUUCAGCCCUAAAGUUGCAUUUCCAUAUAUGAUAGCUGUCAACAAUCUAUCGCAAUUCAUAGCCAUGUACUGCUUGGUGCUCUUUUACAGAGCUAACAGAACUGAACUGAAACCAAUUAAACCAAUUGGAAAGUUUCUUUGCAUAAAAGCUGUUGUUUUUUUCUCUUUCUUCCAAGGUGUAAUUAUUAAUAUUUUGGUAUAUUGUGGAGUAAUAUCAACAAUAUUUGAUAUAUCUGAACAAGACAAAAUAAAAAUCAUAUCAUCCAAGCUACAGGAUUUUCUCAUCUGCAUUGAGAUGUUUUUGGCAGCUAUCGCUCACCAUUACAGUUUUUCGUACAAAGAGUUUGUGUCGCAACAGGAUCAGUCACCAUCAUGUCUCGGAUCUUUCUUGGCCAUGUGGGACGUGUCGGAUGUUAAACGGGACAUAUCUGAGCACUUGGGUGUAGUUGGGAGCUCAUUUAGCAGAAGACUUCGCGGCAAAUCCAUGUAUCACAUGACUCGUGGGUACGACGAGAGUUCAAGACUUGUGAAUGAGGGGGCCACCUCUAGUUCUGCUCCAAACUUGACAGUAAAUACCGAACCUCCACCUGUGGAAGUGCGACCGACUACAUAUGGAUCCAUACAUACCACACUGACAGCAGAGCCUACUAAUUCCGAAAACGAACCAUUACUCAGUGCAUCUGAUGAAAAUACGAAUGACAAUCCGAAAGUAUAAAAUAUAAAUAUAAAUAAUAUUGUGAUAUUCUGAAAACUGGCUUCUCUUGUUUGUAUCCAUGGUAAGAAUAAAAUCUAUUUAGUAUGUAAAUGUGUACAUACAUUCCCCAUUGAACAAUAUUUAUUUUCUAUUAAUGAUAAUUUAUUUUCUAAUAUAUAAACAUUAGUGUAAUUAGUAAAGAUAUGUGAUUAUUAUUGAUGAUAACUAACUUUAUGUGAAUUGAUAAUACGGGAUUUUAAAAAUUCCUGCAUAAACAGUGUAACCAAUAUUUAAGUAUUUUUAAUAAUAGAUAAUUUGCCUUACAUACAUACACCUUUAUACCUUAUGUAAUCUUAUUUUGGUUAAUAACUUUAAUUUGACUAAUAUUGUGCAAAAUCUUACGUAUUAUAGAUAAUAUUUUUUACAGAUCUUGAGUUGAUUACUAAUGUUUGCUUAUAGUUUGGAUCGGUAACCUUAGAUUUGAGUGUAUUUAUUACAGACUUUUACGACAAGAAAUGGAAAUAUAAAUUAUCCAUUAGAGUUGUUAACGAUUUCUAUUACAAAAUAAUGUUUGUAAACAUGGUAAAAGCGUAAAAACCUAACUCAUUUUUGCUUUUCGUAAAUGCCUAAAACAAUAAUAGAGAGUUUACAUACUAUCAAAGUACAUAAUGCUGUUAAUAUUUUGUUAUUACGAAUAAAUGAUGUAAUUAUUUUAUAAUUAAAUGCGAUUAUAGUUUACCAAAUUAAUAUACUAUAAUAAUAUUGUACCUAUGAUCUAGUACUUAUAAAACAUACUGAUUGACUAUAAAAUAUUGUUUAUAUUUUAUUAAAUGUGAUAUUAUUUUAUAUUAAUAAGAAAUUUGUUGUUUUAGAAAUAAAAAUAUCUUUACUUAUUU